AUUGGAAAGUAAUGUAUUGGGAGAGCUGUCUAUUAACGUGUCCUUUACGCUAUGUAGAAAAACAUGUGCAAUGUAUAACAGCAUAUAAGCGUCAAACGGGCUUUUAGUCCUAUUUUAUACGCAAGAAUUACUAUUGUAUGAAAAGUUAGCCAGGAUAAUUCGGAAACAUGUUAUAUGUCAGCAAUGAACCUCCUAUAAAUAUUUAAAGGGUGUUUUUGCAGCAUAGGCUUGAAUAUUGUUUCCGCUAUUUAAGCUGUUUAAAUUAUAAUUUAUCUUUAGAAAAUACCAUUUCUUCAUUUUUUCCCGACCGAUUAAAGUAAAGGCCUUGUUUCUAAAAUUAAUUUUCUCUCGGUGGUCACGAAUAAUCGAGUGAUGCCAACCUAAUCUUGGUUAUCUAAUUCGGUUGACUGACUUUUACACUUGAAUUACACGAGUAAGUCUUACUUAAUUAGUGUAAGGGCCCAACAAUGGCGGCAGUAACAAAUUCUAAUUUACCGAUUUAUUUUCUUCCGCUUAUAAAAUGAGGUAUAUUUAAAGGAGCACGUCAAGCGUAUAGCUUGUCAGUGCAGCAAAAUAAGAAACUACAAACUCGCAUAAGGCUGUUGAAGCUUUUCAGGUUAUGUGUGAAGGUGUUGAAUGCUUACGUAUGCAGCACCUUAUUCCUUAUAAGGUGCAUAUAUAUAUAUAUAUUUUAAAAUGCGAUACUAUUAAGACACUGUUAACUUAAGCAUACGAAACUGAUAUCAAGCAUUUCGAGAAACAAAUUUCACCAUGGAUCCAGAUGAUCAGAGCUUGGAAACGAGCAGCAGUUUCAGCCCAACAGAAGUUACAUUUACCACUGUAUCGCCCGUGCAUUACGAAGCUCCGCCAAGACUGAACAUUGUGGAGCAAAUUGUGGUCCCAGUCCUAUACUGCAUUAUAUCGUUUAUUGGCUUGAUCGGCAACGGUAUCGUUCUCUACAUUAUGCGUCACAUGAACAAAUCAGUGACGGAUGUGUACGUAACGAACUUGGCGGUUGCAGACAUUUUACUUCUGGGUACUUUGCCAUUCUGGGCGGCUGAACACGUAAUGGGUCGAUGGGUAUUCGGAACCAUAAUGUGCAAGAUAGCGAGCUGCAUGACCUACAUGAAUAUGUACGCUUCAAUCUUCUUUUUAGCCAUCAUGAGCUUAGACAGAUGGCUGGCUAUAGUUAAGGCGAUCAAAUGUAGGACGUUACGUACCGUCCAAAAGGCAUGGAUUAUCAGCUCACUAAUCUGGGGACUUUCUCUUUUCUUCAUGAUACUACCCUCCUUGUUUCGAACGACAAAGCAGUAUAGACACGGCGAUCGAUGUGUUUGGGAGUUUCCUAAAGGAAUGACUUAUCACCUCAACGUUCUUUACAAUGUCCUGAGAAGUAUAGUCGGCUUCUUCCUUCCGCUCAUCGUGAUCGUCUUUUGUUACUCUGAUCUUGUGCGUUUUAUGAGAAAACGAAGUAAAAUAAGAAAGAAAAGUUCUGACUCUGCAGGUAAUAACAAAGUGACCCAGAUGGUGUUGGUCGUCGUCUCCUGUUUCAUUAUAUCAUGGCUCCCCAACCAGGUUACCAAUUUCGUACAUUUGCUUAAAUUGCUUGGGGUGGUGAGCUACGGGUGUAAACCGCCAAGUAUGAGAAUCUCCAGUAUGAGCGCUUUUACCACCAAUUUUCCAUUCACUGACUCAACAACAAGCAUAACUGGACACGAGGUACAAUGGCUUAUAUGCGAAUCGUGCGCGACCAACAGAGAUUUUCCACCCGCCGAAAAUAAGCUACAGAUCGACCCGUCAGGAGCAACGACCCGGAAUGGCCUUUUGGACCUUCCGGCCGAGAUAGGCACUAACGCGACCGACGUUGAUAGAUUACUUGAGAUAACUUCAUCGCUUGCUGCAUCCGAACCUUGCGUCAGCGGCCGUACCAUCAUGUACAUUCAUCUCUUCACCGCUUGCCUCGGUUUCUCCAAUUCAAUGAUGAACCCAGUUGUUUAUUCAUUCAUGGGAGCAAUGUUCAGGAAAAAGCUCUUUCAACUUAUAACAUGUGCUCCUGAAAGUGGAGGUCCUGGCCGGAACAGAAGAACGAGCAUGUGGACAUCAAUGCGGCACACGACUACCACACGAAUAAGAAACAGCACAGUAAGCCUUGGAAGAAAAAAGAGACCCAGCACGGCAAUUGCAGCGGGCGGAAGAAACGAAAGAGAAGCUACUUCUCUUCGACCCGCAAGUCAGCCAAUUUGGACACGAAAACAAAACGUUGUCGAAGACGUCAGGGCGGCACCUGCCGAAAUGCCAGACGGCUUAUUUCCAGACUACGAUGACGACGACGAAGAAGAUCACAUUCAUUUAAAACCGAGAUGCGUGGGGCCACCAGUGACCAAGAGACGGAUGAAAAACGGGUUUAACCAGCAGUUGGCAAAGAAACCUAAGAACCGUGGAAUAACAGGUGUGAGCGAAUGCAAUGACUCGGACAGCGAACAAGACGACCAAGCUGAUGUAACACUUGGCGCCACACAAGUGUCGCCCCUAUGCUACAACUACCAGGAAGAAAAUAAGAAUGACAAGAGCAUUACCUGCAACGGUGAUCCUGAAGAGAACGCCCCAUGCGAGCAAGCGAGGUUAUUGAGCAACCCGACAGUUGCAAUCGAGGUACAAACCCUCACAGUUCAUGAUGAAACUGACUUUGGUGGUGUGUGGGCAGGAUUGGAACAUUAAACAAACAUUUCUUACAAAUGUGUCGCGUUUGUGACGAUUUCUUUAUUGUCGUUUCAAUGGUGUUGUACAUAAUCAUAUAUAUAUGUUCCUAUUGCAGUAAAUUCAACAAAUUCGAUUUUCGAAAUACACAUAAAUGAGUGCA